CCCGCCGCCGGCUUCGCCUUCCCGCCCGCGCCCUACGGCGGCGCCUACCAGCCGAGCCAGGGCAGCGAUGACGACUGGGACGACGACUGGGACGACAGCUCCACGGUGGCCGACGAGCCCGGCGCCCUGGGCGGCUCCUACGGCGACUACGAGGCGGCGGCCGGCGGCGGCCCCGGCCGCUACCGCCUGUCCACGCGCUCGGAGCUGUCGCUGGGCUCCCGCGGCGGUGGCGGCAGUGGCGGCCCCCCRGGCGGCCCCCCGCACCCGCCCGGCRGCGGCGGCGCCAAGAGCUCGGCCACCGUGAGCCGCAACCUCAACCGCUUCUCCACCUUCGUCAAGUCGGGCGGCGAGGCCUUCGUGCUGGGGGAGGCGUCGGGCUUCGUCAAGGACGGCGACAAGCUGUGCGUGGUGCCGGGCCCCCGUGGCCCCGAGUGGCAGGAGAACCCCUACCCCUUCCAGUGCUCCAUCGAGGACCCCACCAAGCAGACCAAGUUCAAGGGCAUGAAGAGCUACAUCGCCUACAAGCUGGUGCCCAGCCACACGGGGCAGCAGGUGCACCGCCGCUACAAGCACUUCGACUGGCUCUACGGGCGCCUGGCCGAGAAGUUCCCCGUCAUUUCCGUGCCCCACUUGCCCGAGAAGCAGGCGACCGGCCGCUUCGAGGAGGACUUCAUCUCCAAGCGCCGCAAAGGCCUGGCCUGGUGGAUGGACCACAUGUGCAGCCACCCCGUGCUGGCCCAGUGCGAYGCCUUCCAGCACUUCCUCACCUGUCCCAGCACGGAUGAGAAGGCCUGGAAGCAGGGCAAGCGCAAGGCGGAGAAAGAUGAGAUGGUGGGGGCCAACUUCUUCCUGACCAUCAGCGUCCCCGCCGGCCCCGGCACCGGCCUGGACUUGCAGGAGGUGGAAAGCCAGGUGGACGGCUUCAAGGCCUUCACGAAGAAGAUGGACGAGAGCGCCCUGCAGCUCAACCACACGGCCAACGAGUUCGCCCGCAAGCAGGUCACUGGUUUCAAGAAGGAGUACCAGAAGGUCGGGCACUCCUUCAAGUGCCUCAGUCAGGCCUUUGAGCUGGACCAGCAGGCCUUCUCCGCAGGCCUCAACCAAGCCAUAGCCUUCACUGGGGAAGCCUACGACRCCAUUGGGGACCUCUUUGCAGAUCAGCCCCGGCAGGAUCUAGAUCCUGUGAUGGACCUGUUGGCGCUCUAUCAGGGGCAUUUGGCCAACUUCCCGGACAUCAUCCAUGUCCAGAAAGGAGCCCUUACCAAAGUGAAGGAGAGCAAGCGGCACGUGGAGGAAGGGAAGAUGGAGCUCCAGAAGGCGGAGGGCAUUCAAGAACGCUGUAACAUUAUUUCUUUCGCAACCCUAGCAGAAAUCAAUCAUUUCCACAAAAUCCGUGUAAGGGACUUCAAAUCACAGAUGCAGCAUUUCUUGCAACAGCAAAUACUCUUUUUUCAAAAAGUGACACAAAAGUUGGAAGAAGCCCUUCACAAGUAUGACAGUGUUUAAUCUCUGAACUUGCAUCUGUGAACUUUCCUCAGUGUGGAACGGACUUCAGCAGCAGACCACACGCUGCUGCUGUUGAGGAGAUAUUGCCAGUGGUAGGUGGUGGUACGAGGAUGGUUUUGUGCUCACCUGGAAGCUCAGCUUACUCUGAUUAUGUAGAAAGGAAACCGCUGUGUGGCUGUGUAGUAGAAACAGUACCACGCAUUGUAACUAAGUUAUACUGUGUAUGCCGACACUACCAUUGUAACUUUCUCGAAAUAAUGAGUAUACUAUUUGCCUUAUUGCUUUUUGAAGCAUGGUAUUCUAGUGCAUACUUUGUAGACCUCAAAACCCUUUGGGUCUUUAAGGAAGCUGGCUAGAGGGAAACGCCUGCUUCAGAUGCCUUUUUACUCUCCUAGAUUUGGAUUUCCUAAAUUCAAACAAUUCUCUGUUUACAGAUUCCUACUAGAGCAGCUAUGUGAUUCUGUGCCUUUAGACUCUAUUUUUUCCUUUUUUUAGUAAGUCACAUUUUUAUGAGUGAAUGAAUGAAGGGUUGAUGCCUAUGACAGGAACUGAUUAUGAAACCUCAUAUUGACUGGAAAGAAAUCAGCUGCCAUCUAGUUUGCACAGCAAGUUCUGUCUUUCAGCAAACAUGGGCUCAAAAAAGAGAAUUUAAAAUAAAUUCACACCUUCCCUGAAAAUGGAGACUUCUUGUUACAGUUCUGUAUACUAGGAUCAUUAGCAUCUUAGUUCUGUGUACUAGGACGUUAAGCACAUAUACAAAAAUGCAACACCACUAAAUCCCCUUUCCUGAAAGAAUAUCAUAUUGAGAGGUUUUGUGAUACAAAACAUUAGUGUGAGUGAAAAUUUGAAGAUCUAGCCUAGAAAAUGAUGCUUAUCAAGGGGAUGUGAGUAGAGUAAGUGGGUAGAACUCUUUUUUUUUAAGUUUGAAAUGAUCUGCUAAUUGGUCAGUUGCUGAUUCAAUUUAAUUUCAGACCUGCAUCUACAUUGCCAGUUGACUGAAUUGAGACUCCACUGUGAUUCAUUAGUUUACUAAGUUACAGAUUUUCAGGGAUGUUCAGUAGCAUAAAUGAUCUGAAAUCAGUCCUGACUGAAGUGACUUGGAAAACAGGUGGCAUU